AUCCAAGGGGCGGGGCUUAGGUUGGAAAUGGCCACCUGAGCAGAAUCUCAUGAUCGCUGUACAACAACAACAACAAACUGCUGAUAUAUGUGUGAUGUCGUGACCGUGACCUUCAUCACACUUUUUAUGUGUACGUGUAGGUACGUAAGCUAGGUGCAAUGGAAGAGAAGACUGCUAGUGUCAAGGACUGGAGUACAGUCAGUGUCCCUAGUGGAGGAUUGUUCAAACCAGUUGAAGAUGCGAGAAGCUGGAGUAACUUUGAUUUGCCAGCUGAGCGAGUCAAAGAAUUUUGGGAAAACGGUUACAUAACAAAUGUUCCUGUGUUGACCCCUGACCAAUGUGACAACAUCUUAACAGUCUACCAGGAGUUAGUGAAAGCAAUGGAGAAAAGUAAUGAAUUUCCUGGCUACGAACUGCUUUAUGAACACCAUAGCAACCAAAGCGGUGACCCCGACAACGUGCUAAUGCAUUGCUUAGGGCAUUGGAGAUUUAACCAGCUUUUCCAUGAUCUGGUCUUCCUCCCUGAAAUUGCUGUACCAAGCUCAAAACUCCUGCAUCCAGCAGAGGACAAGUCAGUUCGUCUUUGGCACGAUCAACUGUUUGCAAAACCACCCAGGCAUGGAGGUGUAGUGGCAUGGCAUCAAGAUUAUUCUUAUUGGACAAGAACCAAGCCCAUGAUGCAUCUGACAGUGCACAUAGCCUUAGAUGAGCAGACGUUGGAUAAUGGGGCAUUACACUACGUGCCAGGGUCUCACAAAUGGCGUAAAAACGGUGAGCCGCUUCCCAUUACAGACCUCAACUUUAAAGACAUGGAAUCGAUCCAGACUGUAUUGACAGAGGAGGAAAAAGCUCUAUUUAAGCCAGUACCAUCACUCUUAAAAAAGGGCGAAGCCAGCUUUCACCAUCCACUCAUGGUCCAUGGUUCCUAUGGCAACAGAUCAGAGUGUCCUCGCCGUGCCUGUGUCGUCAACUACAUUGCUGAUGGCGUUGUUUCAGAUUCGGAAGACCCCUUGCUUCAAAAAACAAAUCCUGUGCCUAAGGGUGAGAAGCUGAAUGGUCAGUUUUACCCAUUAAUCUAUGACCCUUCAUGGAAGCAAGCAAACUGAUUUGGUUACCUGGACAACAGAUUUCAUUCAAAUGGUUGCCCAUACAACAGAUUCAAUUCAAAAAUGACAUGGCCUACAGGCCUACUUAUAUUUAGUCUAAUGUAUAUUUCACCAAUCACAGUACUGUGUAGAUUUUAUAAAUUUUAUCUAUCAAAAAAUUACAUUCAGAAUUCUUAAUUUAUUUUGUGUAUUUAUUCAAUAAUUAUUAAACAUUACAAAGUAAGUAUAAGGGGCUGAAAUGUUUGUAGUAUUAGGUGGCUACUUUAGGGUAAGAAGCUGUGUAGUUAGGUUUUACCUUUAGGUUUCAUCAUGUUAGCAAACAAAAGGAUUUGGUUGUCGGGGCAAUUACAGGCCUAAAGUUGAACAUAUUUUUUUUAUUUAACUAAAUAGAAUAAAAUAUGUAUAAGAAUCUGAAAUGUCUGAGUAUCAGUUCUCUCAAAAUUUACUUGAGAAAAUUAGUGUUACUAAUGUACUUAACUCGGGGUUGAACUAAUAUAUUAUUGGGGUUUGUCUGUAUUUUUAAGUAUCAAUAUUGUGAUUGCACAUUUUAGUUUGCAGCAAUGGGAGGCUUGUCCAUUGGACUCCCCUUUGGAGCAGCAUCUGGGUCUAGACUUGCCUCAAAUCACUAUAGUGUAAUUAUAUUUUCCACACAUGUAGCACUUUCAAAGGUAUAACAUUUGGGUAUUAUAAAGAGUUUAUAUCUGAAGAUUUUCAUUUUUCAAAAAUUUACUUUUCAAAUUUCUGUACUUUUAACUUGAAUCAUAUAAAUAUUUUAAGUAUUUCAUUACUUUUCUAGAGGUUAGAAAUAAAUUUUUAAAAUCCAUUGAAA